GCGACGACAAGGUAUCUCGAACCCACAAUUGGAUCUCACAUAAUGGCCGACGAUGCGCGGGACUCAACUACCUCCACUCCGGAAGUGAGAGAGCCUGGGCAACAGGGAGACCGGAAACCGAAGCAUGAGUUUCCCAAGUCGCAGGUCGGGAAGCUGUGGGAUGCCUUCGGAAACCCCGAAGAGCCUGUGAAUAUGCUGCCUACAGCGACAACCAAGACCGGACAAAAGGCAAAGGAUAUCACGGUCACUGAGGCUAUGAAAACAAUGUCACUCGAAAAUGCCAUGUCUUUCCAUAAAGCGCCGUGUGCGCGUGACUCGCUGCUGCUCGGAAUCGGGGCCGGGUUCGGUGUAGGCGGCGUUAGGGGCGUGGUUGGAGGACUGCGCUCUAUGUGGACCGCUUGUAACUGGGCGGUAGGUGCUUUCGCUAUUACAGCGCUUGCAGCCCACGAGUUCUGCCAACGGCGUCGCGUGGAGGAAUUAGACGGCAUGAAACAGGCAGUGGAGUUGAUGAAGGCACUCAAGGAUAAGAAACAACGUGAGAAGGAACAGAAGAUCGAGGAAGCGGCCCGUUUGGCAGAGGAGGAAAGGAAACGGAAGAGCUGGACCAACCUAUCGAACUACAAGUUUUGGUAGGCUUUUUGUGCAUCGCAUGGAGUACUGGAGUUGGAUGGAAUCUCAUUGUAUAGUACUAUGUAUAAAGUGGGCUGGUUGCAAAAGUACAUAUUCCUCUCUAUAUUAGGGGCUGCUACCCUAUCCAACCUUGAAGUUGUGAUGUCGUCAUGUCUCGUGUCGAUUAUUUCAAUCCAACGCCC